AUGUCUACGCCACGUGAGAAAGAUAAAUCAAAGGUCAGACUAAGAAGCAUAUUAGGACGUUUUUUCAAUUCUAAUAACAAUGAUGUCAGUUCUUCAUCAGCAUCAUACUAUUCCGGGCCGGGAGAAAUCAGUUCUCCUUAUAAUACCGUCCAUCGAAUACAUGUUGGCUAUGAUGGGAAGAAAUUCACAGGCUUGCCGCAACCUUGGAUGGACACAUUGCUUCGUGAUAUUAGUGAAGCCGAUCAGAAGAAGAAUCCUUCAGCAGUUGUUUCGGCCUUGAAAUUUUAUGCAAAAACUGUAAUGGCACAGGAGGCUGAUAAGCAGAAGUUUAUGAUUACAAAUUCUCAGUUACCAUUUGACGACGAAAAUGAUGAAGAAUCUACGGCGCCUAUUCAGCCGGUUGCAAAAACGGAUGAUAUGGGCAAUAUAAAAGAGUCUCGAGAUAUGGAGAGCGAUAGUUCAGCAGAGAUCUCUACGGCAAUACCAUCCAUUACAACUAGUGGAUUUUCAACUGCCGCCCCACCAAUAAUACCUCCUCGACAUUCACAGCACCCUGCUGCACCACCAUUACCACCAUCGCGAAAUUCAAAUAGUACUGCAAUAAUCAAUGAAGGAAGUAUUGAAGUUUCAUCGAACGAAGUUUUUAUCAAAUCAGUAGUAAAAAGCGGUACUCGGAAAACACCACCUCCAUUACCACCAAAACCAGCGCAUUUAAAACCGUCAUGUUCAAUCAGUGAGCAGUUGACAGCACAGCAAGAUGAUCGAGAUAGUCUGGGGUCCGAGUCAUCUUCCAAGAUUUCUGAUGAUGUUGAUUUGAGUAUGGCUGUUGAACUGCACACCGGGAAUGAGUUAGUGACAGCAACAACGCAAUGCUCAGAAAAUGUCACAUUGGAAGACAAGACGACAAAUGCUAAUCCUAGAAUUGAUAUCGGCAGUAAAGAAACAGCAAAUGGGAUUUGUGAUAACGUACAAGUUAGGAAGAGGGCGCAAACAAAUGAUAAAGGAACAGAUGAAGCUUCGAGUAAAUCUCAACGACAAAAGCCUAGUGAUCAAGAAAUAUUGGAAGAACUGAAACAAAUAGUUAAUGAAGGUAAUCCAACGGACCGAUAUGAUUUGCUUCAGAAGAUUGGCAUAGGCGCAUCGGGUCAUGUUUAUACCGCACGUGACAAAGUUACGGGUGAAGUGGUUGCCGUAAAGCGUAUGGCAUUCAAAAGUCAGCCAAAGAAAGAGUUAUUGCUCACGGAAAUUAAAGUUAUGCAGAAAUACAAGCAUGAAAAUCUUGUCAACUACAUUGAUAGUUUUUUGGUGGAUGCGGACGACUUGUGGGUUGUCAUGGAUUAUUUGGAGGGUGGUAAUUUAACAGACGUUGUUGUAAAAACUGAAUUGGAUGAAGGUCAAAUUGCUGCAGUUCUGAAGGAGUGUUUGAAUGCUCUGCAAUUUUUACACAGUCACAGUAUAAUACACCGAGAUAUAAAAUCGGACAACGUUUUGCUGGGAAUGCAAGGUGCCGUAAAAUUGACAGAUUUUGGCUUCUGCGCUCAGAUUCAGCCUGGAUCAAAAAGAGCAACAAUGGUAGGAACACCGUACUGGAUGGCUCCCGAAAUUGUGAAUAAAGUGAAAUACAACUAUAAAGUAGACAUCUGGUCGCUUGGAAUCAUGGCCUUGGAAAUGCUGGAUGGAGAACCACCAUAUCUUUACGAAACUCCCAUCAAAGCGAUAUAUUUAAUAGCUCAAAAUGGAAAACCGGAAGUUAAGAAAAAGAAUUCCUUAUCUCCAGAAUUUAACGAUUUUCUGGAUCGCUGCUUAUGUGUGAAACAGGAAGAACGAGCUGAUGCCGAAGAAUUGUUACAGCAUCCGUUCAUCCAAAUGGCAAAACCAUUAAGUUCACUCAUUGCUUAUAUACGCGCAGUCAAGGAACUGAAGCUGCAGCAAAGGUGA